AUUCUUCUUUUAUGAGCGUAGGGAGUUGUCGCUGGCCUAUUAAUAUGUUUGCCACGACGAGGCAACCCAAAUUACUCUAUCAUGGCUACGACACUUGGAUUGUAUAGCCGCAAGUUAAAGUUAUACAUGCUGGUCACAUUUGGACAUUGGGAUCCUGAGAGUUGAAGCUGUGAGCAAAACAAAAAACUCAGUAGGCUGGACCUUCGCGGACGAACAUGGCUUCGGACAGGCAGUCCCCGCCCAAUAGUCGCGAGCGCCGUGCUCGCGCUCGGAGGACUGGCGGCGGUUCCGAGGCCCCUCGUUCCCCGGAGCGCUCCGACCGCUCCCCCGACCGCUCGGAGCCGCGGCUCACCGCACGCAGCCGGGACUGGCUGGCGGAGGCGGGGCUGAGCGGGGGCACGGAUGAGGGGGGCGGCUCGGGGUCGGUCACGGAGGAGGCGGUCAAGGAGACCUCUGAGGGCGCCUUCAGUGUGUUGGCUCGCUUCGGGGCGACAGCGGCCCGGGCGCCAUCCAGCCCGCUGUCAAGGUGGCGCCGCUCCGCCAUCCGCAUCGCCGCCAACAACUCCUCCCGCAAGCUGCGCGAGGCGGCGCGGCUGAAGGCGCUGCAGCGCACGCCUUACCCGCUGGUGCUGGCGCGCAUAAAGCUGCUGCUGGACCGGCUGGCGGUGUUCAAGGACCACGUGAGCGCCAUGGGCUCCCCCGCCCCCGCCAGCAGCAAGUCCCGCCGGCGCAUGGGCGCCAUGCCGGUGGCGGCACCCCCCUGGGGUGACGGCGGGCCGGGCGAGGGGGUCAGCCGGGCGGUGGCGGCAGUGGCGGGGGGCGGGCCGGAGCAGGACGAGGAGGAUCAGCUGGUGGCGUCGGCCAUCAAGAACUGGGACCUGCGGAAGGCUGGCGGUCACCUGCCCUCGGGCCCCAUGGAGGUGCUCUCUCGCAUGCCCUCCAGGAUGCAACCGCAGCUCAACGCGGACGGUCGCUCCCCGGCGGGCUGCAGCGAGGACGAGGAGGAGGGCAGCGGCAGCGGAUACGGAUACGGGUACGGAUACAACAGCCGCAGCCGCCGCAGCCCCUCCCCCGCGCGCAGCAUCACUGGCCUAACCAGCGCCACCGCCGCCACCACCACCGGCCUGCGCUCCUCCGAGCUAGACCUGGCGGCGGGCGACAUGUCCUGCUACGUGCCCGACAUGGAGGGCAUGGCGCUGGACGACCCGGGCAGCGGCAACAAGAUGAGUCUGGACAAGCUACUGGAGGAGCUGAGCACCACCAUGUCGUACGUGAGCGACUUUCUGCGCAAGGUCCCCGAAGAGACGCGCAUGGAGGCGUGUUUCGCGGCCAAGAUGGAGAACUACAAAAAGGACCAGACGGUGUACCGCAUCGGGGACCCGCCGGAGCGCUUCCACCUCAUACUCACGGGCGUGGUGGAGAUCUGGACGCACCCCAGCGGCAACCGGCGUGAGAAGACGCUCAUCGCCACCCUCAAGAAGGGGCAGAGCUUUGGCGAGAUGGCCAUUCUCAACGACGAGCCGCGAGCCGAGGUCGCCACCCCCACCUCCAACUGCACCUUCCUCACCUUCCACCGCCACGACCUGCUGUCCACCUUUGGGCCCUACUUCCGGGAGCGGCUGCUGGCGGCGGAGGCGUUCUUCCACUCGCGCGUGCCCGUGUUCCAGGCGCUGCCGAAACACCACACACUCCGGGUGAUCAGCCACAUGAUGCAGUCCACCUUCCCAGCCGGCAAGGACUGGGAGCCCGUGGCUGACCAGCAGAUCUACUUCAUCAAAACAGGUUCUGCUGCGCUAGAGGCCCUGGAUCGCCGCUUCGCAGGCACCGUGGGAGCUCCCGCGGGGGCAGCGGGGGCUGCUGCUGGGG